AUGAACCCCACGGAUACAGCAGACACCACCCUGGAUGAAAGCAUCUAUAACAGUUAUUAUCUCUAUGAAAACCUCCCCAAGCCUUGCAACAAGGACGGAAUCAAGGCAUUUGGGGGGCUCUUCCUGCCCCCACUUUACUCCUUGGUCUUCCUCUUCGGUCUGCUUGGAAAUUCUGUGGUGGUCUUGGUCCUGUUCAAGUACAAGCGGCUCAAGUCCAUGACUGACGUGUACCUGCUCAACCUCGCGAUCUCAGACCUGCUCUUCGUGCUCUCGCUCCCUUUCUGGGGCUACUAUGCUGCAGAUCAGUGGGUGUUCGGGCUUGGCCUCUGCAAGCUCAUUUCUUGGAUAUACCUGGUGGGCUUCUACAGUGGCAUCUUCUUCAUCACACUCAUGAGCAUCGAUAGGUACCUGGCCAUCGUGCACGCCGUCUUCUCCCUGAGAGCCAGGACCUUGACGUACGGCGUCAUCACCAGUGUGGCCACGUGGUCAGUGGCUGUGCUCGCCUCCCUCCCAGGCCUCAUGUUCAGCACGUGUUAUACUGAGCGUAACCACACCUACUGCAAAACCAAGUACUCUUUCAACUCCACGCAGUGGAAGGUCCUGAGCUCCCUGGAGAUCAACAUUCUGGGGCUGGUGAUCCCUCUGGGGAUCAUGCUGUUCUGCUACUCCAUGAUCAUUAGGACUUUGCAGCACUGCAAAAAUGAGAAGAAGAACAAGGCAGUGAAGAUGAUUUUUGCUGUGGUGGUCCUCUUCCUGGGUUUCUGGACCCCUUACAAUGUGGUGCUCUUCCUGGAGACCCUGGUGGAGUUGGAGGUCCUUCAGGACUGCACGUUUGAGCGACACCUGGACUAUGCCAUUCAGACCACAGAGACCCUGGCUUUUGUUCACUGCUGUCUCAAUCCUGUCAUCUACUUCUUCCUGGGGGAGAAAUUUCGCAAGUACAUCGUACAGCUCUUCAAAACCUGCCGGGGCACUUUGAUGCUCUGCCAAUACUGUCGAUUCCUCCCAAUGUACACUGACACCCCCAGCUCAUCUUACACACAGUCCACAGUGGACCAUGAUCUCCGCGAUGCUCUGUAA